AUGUCCAGCCUCGACGAGCUCCGCAAGAGACUGGCUAGGUACUACUCAUGCAGCAACGUCGCCUUCAGCCGCGGCGUCCGGGUCCACUCUGCCACCUUUCAGCCCCUCGCGAGCAGGCAAAACCAAGAUCGUCUGGUAGUGCAGCGAUACCAUAUACGCGGGCAGGAGUGGCUGGUACUUGCGGUCUGUGAUGGCCAUGGAGGAGCGAGCACGGCCCGUCACACGGCCUCGCACCUCCCAAACCGCCUACGCGCCACUAUAGAGCGUACGCUAUCGGUGGGGUGGCGCGGCAAGCUCGAUCGCGAGAACAUGCUCAAGAAAUCCGCGAAUGUCACUGCGGAACUGCGACGUUGUGUGAGGGAGUUCGACCGCGAGCUCGGCGAGGUUGUACGCACCGUUUGUCCGGACCCCACAGCACUCACAGAGAACCAAACUCGUGGGAUUGUCCUGGAAUACGGCGACGUACUGUGGCGCGCCUGCGCAGGGACCACCUUGGCAGCUACCAUAGUGAAUGUCGACUACCGGCUCAUGUGGGCCAUUAAUGUCGGCGACUCGACCGUGGCUCUGUCUACUGCCGACGCCAAUGGAAAACGCUGGGUGCAUGAGCCCUGCGCCUUGCAUGUGUUGACAAAUCCUCGGGAACGCAAGAGAAUUCUUCGCAAGCACCCCGGGGAGCCUCAUGUCAUCCGUGGCGGCCGAAUAUUGAGCGAUCUUUCAAUGUCACGGAGUAUAGGUGAUUACGCCUAUAAACUUGACGCCAGUUACUCUACAAACCUGUUUCGCCACCUCACCAUGUAUGGAAUACCACCUCUCAGUCGGAAGAUUACGAAGAACAUCCUCACUCCCCCCUACAUAACCGCCGACCCAUCGGUCCGGUUUAUUGAUCUACAACCAAUUUGGGAUCAACAUCCCGUGAUCAUGGUGUACUCCAAUGGUAUCGACAAUCUCGUGCGCGGCUGCUCGUACCUCCAUCCGCAUCGACCUACGGACAUCGUCGCUUCACGGGCAAUAUCCGUACUACUUCAAGACGAAGUCGACGAAUCGGUGGGCGAUGUCUUGGGGCACGAGGUUGAUCCACAUUGGAGUGGUGCGAUCGGCAAUCGAGCGGUCGACGUUCUCGGGAACCUGGCGGCCGGGACCAGCGUCCAGAAACUACAGCUGCUCAUGCACCAACCUCUACUAUCGGACCGUUCUACAUCUCCCAGGCUCUAUGUAGAUGAUACAACUCUGGUCUUGUGCUUCUUACGGACAGAUACCCCUUCAUAG